AUGAUAGUCUCCCAGCCUCGUAGGUCAAACUUUCCUCUAUCCAUGACAGCUUCUGACUGCCUUUUUGAUAAUAUUAUUGGUGCACCUAAUAUUUCUUUUCAUUUGCAGACAUUAACAAGACAUAGACCGCGACCAAGAUCCCAGAUUAACGAAAGAUCUCGAAGUUUCGCACCGGGUACAAGUUCGCACGAAUCCGCCCUCGAAGACGACGUGUUCUUCGAGCAACAGGCGCCUCCGGCAAGUCCGCCAUUCGACAAUACCUCAAGUGAUGAGCUCGACGCGAACCCUCCCGUAGAACAUCGAAAGACGUUGGAGGCGCCGAUACGCUACACCGCGACAACCGGAUGGAAGCGCAAUCCUCAACACGUCGUAAGGACCAGAGGAGAACAUCGAAAGGACGUGGGCGGGAGUAGAAUAUUUUCAUCUCUUCUAGAUAGCGUCUUAGACAAUUCUGAUCGGAGACAGUAUGGAAUGGGAUGGGUCGGCCGCAUGUUUGGGCGGUCAAUGAGGCGGUCAGUACAACAAGACGAAGAUAUACAACAGCAGCUUGACGAUUUAGAAGAUCAUCGGCCGAUGUUCACCUACUGGGUUACGACUGUGCAAAUACUGGUGCUCGCCAUUUCUCUGGUCUGUUACGGAUUCGGCCCAUUUGGUAUUGAAAUGAGGACCAGAUCCGCCCACGUGCUCGUACCGAGUUUGUCAUUACAACAGGUCGAUUAUUUAGAACCUGCAAAUUUUUGGUACGGUCCAAAGGCGGCAGAUUUAAUACAUCUAGGAGCAAAAUUUGCGCCGUGCAUGCGAAUCGACGAUAAAAUACAACAGCAAAUUGAGAAAACGAGGACAAAGGAACGCGAAACGGCGUGCUGCAUAAGGAAUGACCACUCCGGCUGUGUGCAAUCAUCACGAGCGGAUUGUUCAAAUACCAUAUCAACUUGGAAGAAAUGGACGCCAAGAGACGCGGGACCCGGCGGACGCAUUUCCGGUUCGGUCUGCGGUCUUGAUCCGAAGUACUGCGACGCGCCCGCAAGCGUGCAUCCCUACGAGUGGCCCGAUGACAUUACGAAGUGGCCGAUCUGUCGCAAAACGAACACGCAGUUUUCAAUCCAGAAGCACGUCCCGAAGGACAAAUCGGCCGAGCACAUGAUCUGCGAGGUGAUCGGUCAUCCGUGCUGCAUCGGCAUUCACGGCAUGUGCAAGAUCACGACGAAGGAGUACUGCGAUUUCGUGAGCGGGACGUUUCACGAGGAGGCGUCGCUUUGCUCGCAGGUUUCGUGCUUGGACGACGUGUGUGGAAUGGUGCCGUUUUACUUUCCCGAAGUUCCCGAUCAGUUCUAUCGAUUGUGGACGUCGCUCUUCCUGCAUGCCGGUAUUCUACAGAUGCUAAUCACCGCGGUGCUCCAGUGUCUGAUGAUGCGGGACUUGGAGAAGCUUACGGGAAGUUUGCGGAUCGCCAUCAUUUAUUUAGGGUCGGGAAUCGCCGGGAAUCUGGCGAGCGCCAUCUUCGUACCUUACCGGGCCGAUGUGGGACCAUCGGGAUCUCACUUUGGACUGUUGGCCUGCCACAUUGUAGAAGUCUUAAACGCGUGGCCAAUGCUAAAGCAUCCUAAUCAAGCCUUAUGCAAACUCCUUUCGAUCACCUUGUUCCUCUUCGUGAUUGGGCUAAUGCCUUGGGUCGAUAAUUACGCUCACUUGUUCGGGUUCGUUUUCGGUUUUUUGCUUUCGUACGCCCUCUUACCAUUCAUCACUUUCGGACCAUACGAUAGGCAAAAGAAAAUUGUUUUAAUUUGGGUUUGUUUAUUAUCGGCUGCGUUUCUUUUUAUCUGCUUAGUUCUCCUCUUUUACAUUAUACCAGUUUAUGACUGUGAAGUGUGUUCAUAUUUCAACUGCUUACCGAUUACUCGCGAUUUUUGUGCUUCACAAAAUAUUAACUUUAAGAGGGAAGAGUACAUAGUAUGA